AAGCUCUUGAGCUGGCCGAUCCCUGCAGGGCUCCUCGGCAGCCUCCAUUCACCUGGUGUGUGGUGCGGAAGAGCUGGAUAAAUAGGAUCUGGAGUGCAUUUUGCCAGUGAGAUAGGAAGUGAUCGCUCGUGCAAUGAAUCAAAUCAGACUCCCCCACCUCCUACACCCCUCCUUUCUUUGCUUUUCCAGACAGGGCGCCAUCCCAGCUAACUUUCCCCUCACCCAGCAAUGCACAUACCAAGGGGAAACCCAUCCGAAGCCCAGGGGAUGCCAUCCUUGGGGCCUGUGCGCCCGGAACCCCCCUCCCCCGCACUUCUCCCUCCCCCGGCAGAGGCCUCCGCCGGGCGCCCAGCAGCGACCAGGAAGGUCGGCGGGAGGGUGUGCUCCUCCCGCCCCACACCCAGUCUCUGAGCCGGAUAUAUAGAGUCACGUUUGGGAGCCGGGAGAGCAGAGGCGCGGUUCUGAACAGCUAGCUCAAGAGCCUCCUUCAUCUCCGGGAGGGCCGAGAUCACCAGCCCGCAAGUCACCCGCACUGAAGCACCAGGACUCUCUUCCCAGAACCGUACAAGAAGAACAGAGGAAUCAUGUCCAUGAUCGCCGCUUUCUACAGCAACAAGUCUAUCCUCAUCACAGGGGCCACAGGCUUCCUGGGCAAGGUGCUCAUGGAGAAGUUAUUCCGUACCAGCCCCCACUUGAAAGUCAUUUACAUCCUCGUGAGACCCAAGUCUGGACAGACACUGCAGGAGAGGGUUUUCCAGAUCCUCAACAGUAAGCUGUUCGAGAGAGUCAAGGAAGUCUGUCCAAAUGUGCACGAGAAGAUCAGACCCAUCUCUGCAGACCUCAACCAGCGUGACUUCGCCAUCAGCAAGGAAGAUAUGCAGGAACUUCUGUCCUGCACCAACAUCGUCUUCCACUGUGCAGCCACAGUGCGCUUUGAUGCACAUCUGAGAGAAGCUGUGCAGCUGAACGUCACCGCCACCCAGCAGCUCCUGCUCAUGGCCAGCGAGAUGCCAAAGCUGGAAGCCUUCAUCCACAUCUCCACUGCCUUUUCUAACUGCAACCUGAGCCACAUCGAUGAGGUCAUCUACCCGUGCCCCGUGGAACCGAGAAAGAUCAUUGACUCCAUGGAGUGGUUAGAUGACUCUAUCAUUGAAGAGAUCACUCCCAAGCUGAUUGGGGACCGGCCCAAUACCUACACCUACACCAAAGCCUUGGGAGAGGUAGUAGUGCAGCAAGAGAGCGGAAACUUGAAUGUGGCUAUCGUCAGGCCAUCCAUAGUGGGAGCAACCUGGCAGGAGCCUUUCCCGGGUUGGGUUGAUAAUCUAAAUGGACCCAGUGGACUCAUUAUUGCGACUGGGAAAGGAUUUCUUCGGUCCAUAAAAGCAACACCCAUGGCAGUGGCAGAUCUGAUUCCAGUUGACACAGUUGUUAACCUCACCAUAGCAGUAGGAUGGUAUACUGCAGUUCAUAGACCUAAGUCAACAUUAAUCUACCAUUCCACAUCUGGCAAUCUCAAUCCCUGUAACUGGUACGAAAUGGGAUUACAGGUCUUGGCGACCAUGGAAAAGAUCCCAUUUGAGAGUGCUUUCAGAAGGCCAAAUGCUGACUUUACCACCAACAAUUUCACUACCCAGUAUUGGAACACCGUCAGCCACUGGGCCCCGGCCAUCAUCUAUGACUUCUAUCUGAGGCUUACUGGAAGGAAACCCAGGAUGCUGAAGCUCAUGAACCGGCUGCUAAAAACCAUUUCCAUGCUGGAGUAUUUCAUCAACCGCAGCUGGGAAUGGAGCACAAACAACACCGAGAUGCUUCUGUCGGAGCUCAGUCCUGAAGACCAGAGAGUAUUCAACUUUGAUGUGCGUCAGUUGAACUGGCUUGAAUACAUUGAGAAUUAUGUUUUGGGGGUUAAGAAGUAUCUACUGAAAGAGGAUCUGGCUGGUAUCCCCAAAGCAAAGCAACACCUAAAAAGGCUCCGGAAUAUUCACUACCUCUUCAACACUGCCCUGUUUCUUAUCAUCUGGCGCCUCCUCAUUGCAAGGUCUCAGAUGGCUCGGAACAUCUGGUUCUUCAUUGUGAGCUUCUGUUACAAGUUCAUCUCCUACUUCCGGGCCUCCAGCACACUCAAGGUCUAAGAACAUUACACCAGCCCAUCAUCUGGGACCUCAGAUACCUCUAAGGCAGUGAACUGGGUCUUAAGCUAGAAAGUAACAAGCAGCACACCAAGCUUCCAGUCGAAGUUGCCAUUCCAUCUUCUUCCCUAUUCUUGAGAG